UUGCGUCGCACCGUUCGGUCGCACAAAAGUAAAAUUAACAAGUUCAAUAAAGUAAAGACACGGAUUUAUUUGGGAUUAUAUAGUUAAAGUUAUGAAUAUACCCCAAUGGCAUACAAUACCAGCGGUGGCACUAAAUCAAAUAUUCGACUAUCUCGAUUCUCGAGACCGCAGAGCUGCGGCCAAUUGUUGUUGGGCAUGGAGGCAUCAUUUUUUUCAAAGACGCUAUUUUAGAAACUUUCGCUUUCACAUUGACGUGGCCCAGGAUGACCAAUUGACGUUCUUUCAUCACAGCAUGGCCAAUCUGGCCAAGGAGCUGGUCAUAGUCUUCGAUUUUCACAAUGCCUUUCAUAUACAAAAAAUGCGGCGGCUGCUCUACAAAGCGGCGCGCUGUGAUAAUAUUCGGGCCUUGCGUUUCCAAACCAACAAUGUGGGUCUUGUGGCUGCCGGGAGUAUGCACAGCGAACAUCUGGUUGCCAUAGAACAGUGCUUUGUGGAGCCACUGAAGUUGAUAUUAGGCCGCAAGAAUCAGGCGUGUCAGGUAUUGGAUCUGGGUGCCAUUGAAGCGCUUACCUAUUAUGGUCAGGACUUUCUCAAGGCCAUGGGCAAGCCGCAGGAGCUGCUGCAGUUGACGCUGUCCAGCAUUAAAUACGAUCCUAGUCACUAUCCCAUACUCGGGCUGGACACCACGCUGCUGCAAAAAUGUGCCGCACUGCAAGUGCUUUCGCUGGACUACGACACGCUCAACGAUGAGCUACUGCACACCAUACAGGUGCUGCCGCUGCGUAAACUGAUCAUUGUGGUGCACGGCCUCGAUCAGGAGGAGCAUGCAGAUGUCUCGGAGGCCGCUUGGUCCAACUUUUCGACGCAUUUCACGGACAUUGAACUGGUGCUGACGCUCGUCUAUGCCUAUGAGGCUGUUGAGCAAUUGGAAUUGCGUAUUCUGCGCCGCCACAUGCCCGUCACGCACAUCCGCAUGCUCUUCUGUGAGUUCAUGAACGAAGAGGCGCUCGACUGGAUCUCGUUGCACAAUAGCGACACGCUGCGCAGCAUCUAUUACAUAGAUUCGGUGAGCAAGCAUUCCAAUCGCAUUGACUACAUGCGUCAGACCAGACUACAGGACCCAUUUGUCAUGCUGUCCUGGCGAUGCAAGCAGCUCGAGGAGAUUGUCGUACACGGCUACACCAUGGAUCCACACAAUCUGCUCGGCAUUGCACGGCUGCGCGGUCGCCAGCUGCGUCGUCUAGAAGUAUCUCAAAUCGACUGGGAGCCCAACGUCGCAGCGCAGCCCGUUUUUAAUCAGGAAAUGUGCUCGUUGUUGGGACAACAAUGGAGGCCACUUGAGCCGGAGCAGUUGCCAAGCGAAGGCUAUGGCCCUGUCGACUAUGAUGUGCGCGAUAAGUAUGUUUUUGAAUUAAUGCGAAAGGAUCUGAACCAUUAAAGCACAAAUCAACCAAAAAUCGAAUAAAGCAACGUCAUGCAACAGCAACAACAACAACAACAACAACAAAAACACGACUCACAAUAUAAUACAACAUGACACGUGAUCAAAUCGAGCGCAUAGAAAUUUGUAGCGUUUAGUAAACUUUUAUGUAGGCAACUAAAAAAAAAACAAAAACAAAAAGCAAACCCUAAAAGGAAAAGCGAUCAAUUGACUUUUCUGUUAAGUUAAAUAAAACGAUUUUUGAUAGAUAAUAAUAACAAGAACCGUAAACAGUUAUAAAAUUGGCAAGCCUUUAUACAACUUACAAUUUUCUUUCGUAUGUUAAACAAUGUAAACUUAAAAUUAAAUUUUGUUCGGCCACACAGCAAAUAUGAAAGCAAGAAACGGCAUAAAAGACUUGAGAAAAAUGUAAACGAAUUGUAAACAAAAAACCAACAAAAAUAACGGGCAGUUUGUUGUAAAAAAAAAAAACCAAGUAGAACAACAACAAACAGCGACAAAAAUAAGAUAGGUAGAGAGUGAGGGAAUGAGGAAAGAUAAACAUCAUUUUAUAAGCAACAACAACUGUGAUUUAAACAAAAUGCAAGCAAGCAAAAGUAAAGCCAGUUACAGCAGCGGCAGCAACAACAACAACAACCAAUUGUUAAGCAAAUUGUCUAGUUAGCUAAGUAAAAUAUUAAAAAAACAUUUAAGAAAAACAACAAAAAAAAAAAAAACAAACGUGUUAAAAAAUGAUUGUAAACCAAGCAAAAACACACACACAAAAAAGAAAGACCAAUGUCAAAUUGUUAGCUCAAUCAAUUGGCAAAAAAAAAAAGAAACAAAAAUUGUUAACUUUUGUAAUAUGAGAAUAUGUAAUGUAAAGUUGGCGCUCAAUUGUGAUAGAACAACAACAACAAACAGAACAAAUGUAACAACAACAGCCAACAGAUCGCACACAAUCCGAUCCGAUGGUCGUUUUCGUACGCCAAGCGCCGCCAUUUGUGUAGUUUUCCAAAGUGAUAUUAGCAGCUUAUGUAAAGCAACAAUUAACAAAUGCAUAUUGUAAACAACACACGUCUGUGUAUAUACAUAUAUUUAAUAAUGUAAGACAUAUGUAUAUUUGUUGAAUGGCGUGUGUUGUCAACUUGUUAAGCGAGACAUGCGUUAGCCAGAAUUGUAAACAAUACCAAUUCAAAACCCGUCAAAACCGAUUCAAUCAAAUCGUAACACUCGAGUAUUUCGUAUUUUCGUAGCAACAGGCAUUCAUUUAUACAAUAACAACUAAUAUAGUUUACUUAUGUUUGCACAAAAAAACAAAACAAAAUGCAGCGCAGUUAGUAUACAAACAAAACUGUUGUCAGGACAAUUGCCCCUAGGCAUACAAGCACCAGCAGCUGAGCAGCUAGGCCUAAAAUAUAUAAAAACAUAAAUGGUACCUGAAGAUCACUUUGAGCAUUUACGCGAACAACUCACAAAGAACUUUGCUCAAAUUAAGCUAACAAACAAAACAAAAUAAAAACAAAUCUAUUAAAUGAAAUAAACGAAAGACUGAACAAAAGCGUUGCAAAGCUCAGCGAGGGGCAGUUGUCCAAAAAGUUACCAAAAAUCCAGCAGCAACAGCAGAUUCAAAACAAAUGCGAUCUCAAAGACAACACUGAACACUAUCCAACCAUAUGUGUUAUAUAUAUACAUAUAUAACUAACAACAACUUAAAGCUAUGCAUGUAUUUUUGUUAUAAACUUCAAUAGCGAAUAUUAAUUUAUAAAAGAGAUACAAAAGAGUGCAAAUCAUGUGUAAUAAGAAGCAAUCGUCAAUGUGUAUGUGUAUGUGUGUGUGUGUGUACAACACAAACAACAACAACCACAAUGUUAUUUAGUUAAGCCUAGUACAUACCAACAACAACAACAACAACAACUAAAUGUGAUAAACGUGUCAUGCUGCUUCCAAUAACAACAACAACAACAAGAACAACAACAACAGCACCAAAGAAAACACAUGAAUCUAUAAAGAAAACGCAACUGUUCCAAGCUAUUCCCUUAAAAAGAAAAUUCUAUUAAAUAUGCUACGUAGCAAAUUGUCAAUAAUUGUAGCUUAACAAAAUUUGCAGAACUUCUAUUGUUUAACAAUCCAUUCAAGUAUUACAAUUUAUACACGCAAACUGCAAACACUUCCAACGCUGCGUAUGUGUAACAUUUUAUUUUGUAUACAAAAAGAACACAACAACAACAAAAAAACAGAAUAAGUCUAUAUUUUAUAUGCCAUUUAUUGUAUUUAAAAUUUCGAAAAGAAAACAACAACUUUUUGUAAAUCAUUCCAUACACAAAUUAAGCUAACGUAUGUAUUAGAAAAAGAAGAAGAAGAAGAAAAAACAACAGCAAGCAGCAAAAGAACAACAGGAGACGGAAGUAAGGAACAGAAGGGCAUCUUAGAAUAGAAAACAAGAACAACAAGAAACAGCCGUGCAUUAUGAACAACAACAAAUUAUAUAUAUAUGCAAGUUAUGCUUAAAGAUAACAUAAGAGCAAAAGUGUAUAGAAGAAAGCUGUGAUAACAAAAAGGCAAACAACAAAAUAACACGACAACAACAAACAACAAAGGGAAGAAGGAGAACUUAAAGUACACAAAGCCAAUGCGAAACAUAUGCGACCAACCAAAGGUUAACAACAAAACUUUUGCAAACAACAAAAAAAAACAAAAAAACAAAAACAAAAAGCAAGUAACGAAAACCAACAAAAAUCAGUAAGUGAAAACGUUUAAGAACAAGUUGAAAGCAGAACGGCCAAAAAGAGAAAGUCGCUGGUUCUAAGUUUAUAUGAAAUAUGCAAAAUAGUUAACGUUAGCGAAUGAACGUAGAAAGCUAGAAAACAAUUAAAUGAGCACAAGAUUAUAGGAAAACUUUUCAAAAUGAAAGUGAAAACUUGAGAAAAUGUAUGUGAAAACUUCAGAAAAUGCAUGUGAAAACUGAAGUGUUUGAGCAGAAAAAAAGGCAAAAAAAAAAAGCCCCCCAUAACAAAUAACUAUGCUAAUGGGCAUGCAAUUAUUUAAACUAUUUCAAUAACUUAAAGAAAAUGCAUUAUUUUAUUUGCUAGCCUUUUUCAGUUUGGCAAAGAAUUGUAAGCUUCUUUGUGGCAUAUGCAAUAUCAUAAAUCUAAGCAAGUUACACAAGAAAAACCAAUUUAUGACAAAAACAAACAACAAAAUUUGACAGUAGCAAUGGAAAAAUGUAUUUAAAACGAAAAUC